AUGAAGUUCUCUGACAGGAUUUUAGAAAGCGAUUACUUCACACCGCAGGGGGAGUUUCGAGUGGAUAAGGCUGGCUCUCCAACCCUGCUCAACUGCCUGAUGUACAAGAUGUCUUACUACCGCUUUGGCGAAAUGCAACUGGACUUCCGCACACCACCUGGAUUUGACCGGACACGAAAUGCAGAGAUUGGCAACAAGGACAUCCGUCUGAAGCACCUGGAGGAGGCGUUCACUUCCGAGCACUGGCUGGUGCGCAUCUACAGGGUGAAGAAGCAGGAGAACCGACAGGCUCUGGACCACAAGCUCCGCAACAUCGCAUCCAAGCAGAAGUACACCUCAAAAAAGGUUCUUCCCUCUCUAUUCCAUUAG